AUGAAGUUUCUCAUUCCUCUUGCCGUGGGCCUCGUCGCCGUAUCGGCCACGCCCACCCCAGUGCUAGACAGGAGGGACGUCUCGACUGACGGAUCAUGCGGCGGAACUGCCGGUCUUACGUGCAAGGGUUCUGCGUUUGGAGAUUGCUGCUCGCAAUACGGUUGGUGCGGAACCGGUUCGGCAUGGUGUGGAACUGGAUGCCAGUCUGGCUUCGGAACGUGUGACGAUGGUAGCAGCCCUCAGCCCUCGCCCUCGCCUUCAACUCCGGCCCCUUCACCAGUGUCAGCACCUGAGGGUCUUGUCAAGUGUUUGGAUGGAAAGGAAGUGCCUUUCAAGAUGAGCAGCGACGAGGAAUACGCAAAUCUUGCAAAGCCUUACAACUUGCGCGUACCCUUCAACCCUGCCGUCAUUGUCCUGCCAACCACUGAACAGCAUGUCCAAGAUGCUGUUGUCUGCGCUGGUGAGCAAGGAAUCAAGUGCCAGGCCAAGUCGGGUGGUCACUCUUAUGCCAACUUCAACACCGGUGGUAUCAAUGGCGCCAUGCAGAUCAACCUUCAGUCUUUCCAGACUAUUGAGCUUGCCAAGGAUACUGGUAUUGCAACAGUUGGAGGCGGUGUCCGCCUGGGUAACCUUGGUGACGGAAUCUAUAACCAAGGCAAGGCUGCACUCGCUCAGGGUACCUGCCCUGGCGUAGGUAUCGGAGGCCACUAUACCCACGGAGGCUACGGUCAAACUUCGCGUAACUGGGGUCUUGCUAUGGACCAGAUCGUCGGUGCUGAGGUUGUUACCGCUGAUGGUAAGCUCGUCAAGGUGUCAGCUACCGAAUCGCCUGAUCUCUUCUGGGCUAUCAGGGGUGCUGCUGAUUCUUUCGGUAUCGUCACCAAGUUCUAUCUCCAGACCCAUGCUGCCCCAGACAGCAUCACGUACUUUUCGUUUGGUUUCCAGGGCGUUCACGAUUCCAAGGAUGUCUGGACCAAGACCUUCCUCCACCUCCAGGAUGUGGCUACCAACAGCUCGGUUGUGGAUAACCGUAUCUCAUUUGGUGUCUACCUUGACGGCUACAACGGCUACAGUCUGAGCGGCGCCUUCUUUGGUACUGUCGAUGAAUUCAACAACAAGAUCAAGCCUGAGCUUCUCCGCGGUCUCCCUACACCUUCUAGCCCCUCUGUUGAGUCCUUGGCCUGGUACGACUACCUAGUCAAGGUUUCCGGCAAGACGACCAUUAAGGUACUCACAACUGGUUACGAUGAGCAUGAAGACUUCUUCGCCAAGUCUGUAACUGUCCCCGAAUCCAGCGGUCUUACAUCCGAGGCCAUUGGCGCGCUCUACGACCACCUUCAGUCCGGUACUUCCCAAGAUUGGUACAUCAUCAUGAACCUGUACGGUGGACCCGGCUCGGCUAUCAACAAGAAGGACAUUUCUUUCGCCGCCUACGACGACCGCAAGAGCCUGUGGGUGUUCCAGAACUGGGGCUACGGCGCUACACCCAAGGAUUUCAUCAACGGCAUCAACGAUGCCAUCAUCAAUGCCGAGCCUCAGACAAAUUUUGGCGCGUAUCUCAACUACGUUGAUCCCACGUAUGAUGCUGCCACUGCUCACAAGCUGUACUAUGGUGAGGAGGUGACAGCGCGCCUGACCGAGCUCAAGGCAAAGGUCGAUCCCAAGGGUGUCUUCUGGAACCCGCAGGCCAUCGGUGCUUGA